GCGGCCGACGCGCGUGGCGGCGGUGCCCGCUGGGACUCGUAGUGCGGUCCGGGUAGGAGAGAGCGGGGAGCCACCCCGGCUCCAUCUACGCACGUUUCGGAAACCGGGCCCGGAGGGGACCACGCCCGCUCACCCGUGCCCAGCGUCCCUCGGACCUGGGGCGAGAGGAGCCGGGCCGGCCGCGGCGGAAAGAGGCCCCAAGCGGCCGCGCACGUGGGGGGUGGUUAGGGCGUAGGAACCCGGAAGCCCCUCGCACCGCCCACCGCCGCGGUGACGGGUUAACGCUCCUCCUGGUGGAGGCGGGGGAGGGCGGGGCGGAAGGCGGGACCGCCUCAGCCGACACCCCCGAGGACCGCCCGCGUGCCGCCCUCCCCUCCCCCACGGACGCGACGCAGCGCGAGCUCCGCUUCCCCGGCCGCGGCGCCUGCGCAGAAGCCCCGCCCCUUCGCCCCAGCCCCACCCCCACAACGCAGCCUCCGCCGCCGCCACCUCUCCCUUCCUCUCUGCUCUUUCCUGCUGUUUUCUCUUCCCUCCUCCCCCUGGCCUCCGCGUCUCCUCCUCUUUCGGCGCUGACGCUCGCGUAGGGCCCUGGCGUCAGACGCGCGGGGGCGGGGCGAGUGCGGCGGGGAGUAUAAGUAGAGGGUGCAGGAGGCGGUGCUUCCCCUUCUCCCCGGCGGUUAGUGCUGAGAGUGCGGAGUGUGUGCUCCGGGCUCGGAACACACAUUUAUUAUUAAAAAAUCCAAAAAAAAUCUAAAAAAAUCUUUUAAAAAAACCCAAAAAAAUUUACAAAAAUUCCGCGUCUCCCCCGCCGGAGACUUUUAUUUUUUUUUCUUCCUCUUUUAUAAAAUAACCCGGUGAAGCAGCCGAGACCGACCCGCCCGCCCGCCCGCGGCCCCGCAGCAGCUCCAAGAAGGAACCAAGAGACCGAGGCCUUCCCGCUGCCCGGACCCGACACCGCCACCCUCCCUCCCCGCCGGCAGCCGGCAGCCAGCGGCAGUGGAUCGACCCCGUUCUGCGGCCGUUGAGUAGUUUUCAAUUCCGGUUGAUUUUUGUCCCUCUGCGCUUGCUCCCGCUCCCCUCCCCCCGGCUCCGGCCCCCAGCCCCGGCACUCGCUCUCCUCCUCUCACGGAAAGGUCGCGGCCUGUGGCCCUGCGGGCAGCCGUGCCGAGAUGAACCCCAGCGCCCCCAGCUACCCCAUGGCCUCGCUCUACGUGGGGGACCUCCACCCCGACGUGACCGAGGCGAUGCUCUACGAGAAGUUCAGCCCGGCCGGGCCCAUCCUCUCCAUCCGGGUCUGCAGGGACAUGAUCACCCGCCGCUCCUUGGGCUACGCGUAUGUGAACUUCCAGCAGCCGGCGGACGCGGAGCGUGCUUUGGACACCAUGAAUUUUGAUGUUAUAAAGGGCAAACCAGUACGCAUCAUGUGGUCUCAGCGUGAUCCAUCACUUCGCAAAAGUGGAGUAGGCAACAUAUUCAUUAAAAAUCUGGACAAAUCCAUUGAUAAUAAAGCACUGUAUGAUACAUUUUCUGCUUUUGGUAACAUCCUUUCAUGUAAGGUGGUUUGUGAUGAAAAUGGUUCCAAGGGCUAUGGAUUUGUACACUUUGAGACGCAGGAAGCAGCUGAACGAGCUAUUGAAAAAAUGAAUGGAAUGCUCCUAAAUGAUCGCAAAGUAUUUGUUGGACGAUUUAAGUCUCGUAAAGAACGAGAAGCUGAACUUGGAGCUAGGGCAAAAGAAUUCACCAAUGUUUACAUCAAGAAUUUUGGAGAAGACAUGGAUGAUGAGCGCCUUAAGGAUCUCUUUGGCAAGUUUGGGCCUGCCCUAAGUGUGAAAGUAAUGACUGAUGAAAGUGGAAAAUCCAAAGGAUUCGGAUUUGUAAGCUUUGAAAGGCAUGAAGAUGCACAGAAAGCUGUGGAUGAGAUGAAUGGAAAGGAGCUCAAUGGAAAACAAAUUUACGUUGGUCGAGCUCAGAAAAAGGUGGAACGGCAGACGGAACUUAAGCGCAAAUUUGAACAGAUGAAACAAGAUAGGAUCACCAGAUACCAGGGUGUUAAUCUUUAUGUGAAAAAUCUUGAUGAUGGUAUUGAUGAUGAACGUCUCCGGAAAGAGUUUUCUCCAUUUGGUACAAUCACUAGUGCAAAGGUUAUGAUGGAGGGUGGUCGCAGCAAAGGGUUUGGUUUUGUAUGUUUCUCCUCCCCAGAAGAAGCCACUAAAGCAGUUACAGAAAUGAACGGUAGAAUUGUGGCCACAAAGCCAUUGUAUGUAGCUUUAGCUCAGCGCAAAGAAGAGCGCCAGGCUCACCUCACUAACCAGUAUAUGCAGAGAAUGGCAAGUGUACGAGCUGUGCCCAACCCUGUAAUCAACCCUUACCAGCCAGCACCUCCUUCAGGUUACUUCAUGGCAGCUAUCCCACAGACUCAGAACCGUGCUGCAUACUAUCCUCCUAGCCAAAUUGCUCAACUAAGACCAAGUCCUCGCUGGACUGCUCAGGGUGCCAGACCUCAUCCAUUCCAAAAUAUGCCCGGUGCUAUCCGCCCAGCUGCUCCUAGACCACCAUUUAGUACUAUGAGACCAGCUUCUUCACAGGUUCCACGAGUCAUGUCAACACAGCGUGUUGCUAACACAUCAACACAGACAAUGGGUCCACGUCCUGCAGCUGCAGCUGCUGCAGCUACUCCUGCUGUCCGCACCGUUCCACAGUAUAAAUAUGCUGCAGGAGUUCGCAAUCCUCAGCAACAUCUUAAUGCACAGCCACAAGUUACAAUGCAACAGCCUGCUGUUCAUGUACAAGGUCAGGAACCUUUGACUGCUUCCAUGUUGGCAUCUGCCCCUCCUCAAGAGCAAAAGCAAAUGUUGGGUGAACGGCUGUUUCCUCUUAUUCAAGCCAUGCACCCUACUCUUGCCGGUAAAAUCACUGGCAUGUUGUUGGAGAUUGAUAAUUCAGAACUUCUUCAUAUGCUCGAGUCUCCUGAGUCACUCCGUUCUAAGGUUGAUGAAGCUGUAGCUGUACUACAAGCCCACCAAGCUAAAGAGGCUGCCCAGAAAGCAGUUAACAGUGCCACCGGUGUUCCAACUGUUUAAAAUUGAUCAGGGACCACGAAAAGAAACUUGUGCUUCACCGAAGAAAAAUAUCUAAACAUCGAAAAACUUAAAUAUUAUGGAAAAAAAACAUUGCAAAAUAUAAAAUAAAUAAAAAAAGGAAAGGAAACUUUGAACCUUAUGUACCGAGCAAAUGCCAGGUCUAGCAAGCAUAAUGCUAGUCCUAGAUUACUUAUUGAUUUAAAAACAAAAAAAAAAAAACACAAAAAAAUAGUAAAAUAUAAAAACAAAUUAAUGUUUUAUAGACCCUGGGAAAAAGAAUUUUCAGCAAAGUACAAAAAUUUAAAGCAUUCCUUUCUUUAAUUUUGUAAUUCUUUACUGUGGAAUAGCUCAAAAUGUCAGUUCUGUUUUAAGUAACAGAAUUGAUAACUGAGCAAGGAAACGUAAUUUGGAUUAUAAAAUUCUUGCUUUAAUAAAAAUUCCUUAAACAGUG